GACACAUGCCAAUUUGUCUAGAUUUUACUAAAAAAAAGAAUACUCUGACUCAUGUAUACAUGCGUAAUAUAGACUAACGAAACUCGAGCAAACCGAAGAUACUAAACUAAAUUUUUUGCCUUAAUAGUAAUCAUUUACGAGAAAAUCGAAAAAAGAAGAUGUAGAUGGACAUGCAAAAAAGACAUUCGAUGGUUGUAGCUUGUAUGGUGUACUUAAGCAAUCUAUGAUGCUUGAACUAAAGAUUAAAGCAUAAAUUACUGUUUUCAUCUUUAGCUGUCACACUAAUCUCAUCACUUGCAUGUUAUAGAAUCCGGCUAUAAUAGCAUUUGUCCAGUGCUAUGAGCACCUGUAAGGCUUUCUAUGUGCGUAACACCCAUUCGGCUUCUAUUCGGGUUUCGGCAGAGUUCAAUUUGAGCAAAUUGAAACUACGUUUAAGGACCAAAAACUCUUUUUCAGAUGCAUCCGACUUAAUUCAAUACCUAUUCGAGCUCCUAUGACAGAACCUAUGACAGAUCGUGUAGUCCUGCGCGCUCUAUCCAAUCAAAUAGAAUAUGGACCGGGACAAAAAAGCUUCUCUACUUAAAACACGCGCCCUACCAUCAGGAUCGAAGGGAAACCCUCGGUUCAAUUCGACAGAGCUUAUCAUGCUCGGCCCAAAACAGAGCGAUAAAUCGACUGGAAAGGCAUUAAGUGCACCGCCCCUGGAUCGAAAAAGGACAGGUUCGCCUGGACCCGCCAAGAAACCGAAACUUGCUGGCCCGUCUGGACAACCAUCGACUGCUGGUCUUCAGAAGUUCGCACCAGUGGUGAAACGUGAUUUGAUGGGCGGCGGGGCCCGCCGGGACUCCUGGGAAACGAAAGUAAUAAACGUCGAACCCGAGUUGUUGAUGGCAAAGUUUGCGGCAGCCGAAAAGGACGGCGAUGAGGACCGUAUGCAGGGUGUCCUCUGUGGAGCUGUCAAACUCCUGCGCAGUCAGCGACCCAAACCUGACGCUGUUCUUUAUCUUUCUCUUAUGUUCCUGGCGAAAACAAGACCUCAGGCAUUUCAGAACGACACAGUGAUCGAGGCAUUCUGUCAUCUGCUUCGCAAAGAGACUCCGCCGUCCCCUGCGCUUAAAGGCAAGGGAGCAAGCGCAGUGGCCAUUCUUGCGGCCAAUCUGCUUCUGGCAGUAUUUCAAGACUCGGAUCAAUGGCCAGAUGCGUUUGUUCGAGCGUUCGUUGAAGAUUCACUUGGAGACCGUCUAUGGGUUGAUCAUGAGGAGUGCAAAUGUUUUGUAGACAAUAUUCUUACUGCAUUUAAGACACGCAUGCCACCGAAGAGCAUGAUGGCGCCAGAGCUUACGUUUAAGUCAGAGGCAUGUCCGAGUCCACCUGCUGCGUCCGGCGCCAUUGCGACCGACGACGACGAUUCGCUAAGUAGUCUGCACCUCGAUCUCAAAGAAACGACAAUGUCGUUGAGCGUUGUACCUCGCUAUAGUGUGCAGGAAGAGCGAAUUGAAAAGUAUAUUCUUGACAUCAUACAGGAACAAUUGCAAAGGCGGCAGCCCACCGAUAUUUCUCGCAACGUGCUCAGAUUGAUGGUUUGUACCUGCGGCCUAAGUGCCGUUCGCGCGUUAGUCGCCCAUCGGCUUGAAACGUGGCUAUCAAAUCCAAAGCUGACACGGCCCGCACAGGACCUUUUGUUAACCACAUGUAUGAACUGCAAUCAACAUAACAAACACGAUCAGGACGUCAUUGAGUAUUUAGUUCGAAUUCGUUUAAAAACAAAACCGGUUAUCAAUAACUUUCUGCAAUGCGUUCGAGAGCUCUUGGGCCUCCAUCCUGAUAAUUUGCCUAGCAUGCUGAGGCGAACUAUCUUCAACGAGCUAUCACAGUCGCGCAACCCGAACAAUAUGGGCCUUAUCUCAGUAAUUCUACAGCACUCGCCAGAGCGGGCAGCCAGAGUGCUUGCUGAAAUCUUCCAAGAUCUCUUAGCCAGUAGAGAAGAUUACUUGCGUGCUUUACGUGCCUUGUUUCGUGAGAUCAUACGUUCGCUUCGGCACGAACUAAAUUUCCACUCGUUUUGUGCAGGACUUAUGGUGGAGCGGAAAGAACCGCAUGUUACCGGGCUCGAACAGCCGCUCAAAGAGCGCCUCCUCAUGCAGGUAGCGGACCUCAUCACGUUAGCGACCUUCAUGGCAGUCACCCCGGCAGUGAAAGAAUGCGCUACUGCGUUGUAUCGUAAUGAGAAAAAGGACAUGAUACCACUCUAUCAUUUUCAGCAGCAGAUCUCAGCAAUUCAGUGUGACGUGGUCGGCUGGAUGUAUAUGGUCGUUAUGCGAAUGUAUCGGCCUAAUUAUCAAGACUUUAUGCAUGUUUUAAGGAAAUGUCUGUUUUUACUUGAUCAGCCUGAACAUUACUGUAGAGACAACUGGCCUCCGGAGCAAGAACGCGGCCUUUAUCUUCGGAUAUCGAGCGAAAUGCCAGUUAUGGAAGAUACACUCCUACGGAUCCUCUUUAUAGGGAUGUCGAAGGAGCAUCCAGCGACCCAGACGGACGCUGUCGAGCUGGUCGAUGUCCUUAUCCGCCGUGCAGGAUUGGUGCCAGGUGGGGGUUGCAUUGAAGGCGGCGUGGGCCGACCUGUUCUUCAGGUAGAGCAGCUGGAGUUGUUCGACAUCGUGUUCUCGCUGUGUGCUUAUCAUCAACCGGAAAAUUAUGCUCUUCCUGAGGGCUAUACACCUCCAUCUCUUGCGAUUGCUGAUUAUUACUGGCGAGCAUUUAUUAUGAUGCUUGUUGUGAUCGCUCAUAAUCCGUCUACGUGCGGCCGUAAAGCGUGGACCGAGUAUCCGACGUUAAGGGCGAUGAUGCAUAUGUGUAUCACGAACCAGUUUGUGUUCCCACCAAGCGGUGAACAGAGUGAAGAGAUGCACAAUACGGAAACACGUAUCGCCAUACGAGAGAAACAGUUGAUUCUUGAAUUCGAGACUCAUCUUGCUGCUGCUUCAACCAAAAUGGUGAUUACUGAGCAAAAUUCGUUGCUUCUCUCAAAACUAAUCAAAAUGGAUCCAACUGGACCAGCUCGACGACCGCCACCGCCUGUCUUGGAACAGCUCAAGGCUUUGAACGAUAAGUUACGAUUGGGCCAACUCCUUUGUCGCAGUCGAAAUCCAAACUAUCUUUUGGAAAUCAUUCGCGACCGGCAGGAAGGCGGUUCGUCACAAGCGAUGCCUUGGUUAGCCGAUUUGGUCGAAAAUUCAGAAAGCUCCCUUGACAUGUUGCCUGUGCAGUGCUUAUGCGAAUUUUUACUUAGCGACACUCUCGAAGGAAGCACCGAGGCGCAGCGGCAACGUAUGAUGCCGAAUAAACGACGGAAACUGCAGCAAUUAAUGGGCCACCUCCAUCGCCUGCUCCGAAAUCCCGAGUCUGAUUGUAAUGCUGCCCGAGAAGUGAUCGAGUAUUUUAUGAAGAGGCUAACUUCGCAACACAUGGGCCCUCGGGGCUUAGCGGUACGAGCACUACAACUUUUACUUUGUCCGGCCAAUAACGGGGCUAACGGUGUUCCCGGAGGGCAGCAGGAGGGCGGUGAUUUUGACUGGCUUCUUGAGCAGAUCCCACAGCUACCCCACUUUAAUUACCUGCUUGAACAGGUGAUCUACACAUUGCGUCAGGCCAUCCAUAUCGAGACGGAUCCGUUGGCCGUCGUGGCGUAUGUGGCCUUUCUUUCUCUACAUACGCCGGAGGAGCAACAGGCAGAUGUUUGUCUCGACCUGGCGCAUCUCCUUGUUGAACGGGCGACGAUAAUGAACGCGAUUUUACCACUAGACAACAGCACGACAUUCGUCUACGGGGAUUUGUUCCUUGUCUCACUUUUAGAUCUAUUUAUCGCCUAUCUCAACUUAGCUAGGCGCUCACCACACACCGCAUGGCAGGAUGAAUUCGUACAGGUUGAGUGGUCGUCAGGCGAGCGUGCUCAAAUGCACAUCCUUGUGGUGCACUCGAUGAUCAUAGCACUGACGUACGGUCCUCCACGCGAACGCCCAGAACGGUUCACGCAGUUGCUGCGCAUGUGGUUCCCGCCUGAUGGAGUAACAAUUCAGGCCUUUUUGGCUGGCACCCGUGAUGAGGCUUUACUACUGCCGGACUGGCUGAAAUUGCGCAUGAUUCGAUCACCCGUCGAGCAACUUGUUGACGCCGCACUUCGAGAUCUUAGUGCGGACCAAUUAGUUCUAUUUAUACAAUCCUUUGGCAUACCCGUUGCUUCUAUGAGCAAACUUUUGCAGCGUCUUGAUCGUGCUGUAGAACUCGAUCCUCACUCAAUGAGCAAUGCUAUGCUUGACAAAAGUUACAUGUCACAGUUGGUCGAAGUUCAACAUAGGCGAGGCGCAAUAGGCGGAGACCGAUAUAAGGCGCUCUUAGCUGUGGACAAAGAACUCGAGCAUAUGGAGACAGACAGCGCCAAACCUACAUCUGUCAUUCAAAUUGUACCGCGAAACAACUGGACAAGGACUGCCCAGUCAGAAACAAUGUUCCAGUCAGUAACAGACGCGAUCGUGCAAAUCUACCGGUUAGAACCAAACCAGCCCAGCAUUAACUCCAAAGUUGAACAGGACCUUUACAGCAGAUUGCAAAAACUAUUUGCUGAAGACAUCGGCAAGAAGUCAGUGGUUGGGGGCGCAGUUGCCGAAUUUAUUCUCACUUGUGAACGAAUUUUAGAGAACCCGCAAACUGGACAAUUGUUUGCAGCACAGCUCCAGUCAAAAGCGGCUAUGUCUUGUUCGUUAUUUAAGCUAGUCAUUACAGCCCUUCGAAGUGAAACCUCCAACUCACCGCUGCGGUUCAAACUUACCUGUGUUUGCAAUAAGCUGCUCGAACUAGCAGUUAGCAAUGCCAAUACAGGAGUCCACCCAACUCCAUUGCUUGAAAUCUUGAAACAACAGGUGUAUACCAAAUCAACAGAACGAAGAUCACACUCUAAAGGACACGCAUCUCACAGGCCAGAUCAGCGUCGGCAAGAAGAGCUUCAACGGGAAACGCCUGCAUCUGUUGAUGAAAUGGUGGAGUCAUUAACAGCAAUCGCCGUCAAUCAACCUGACCGUCUCGAGGAGGCCCUUUGCACCCUGGUGCAGCGAGCGAUCCGUAGUGGGGACAGUAGCCGUCUCUGCCAGGCAGUAACCCAGAUACUAUCCGAUGAACGGUUGUCAUCAAAAAAUGCAGAUCAGGUUAACACAUCGUUUGCACUGGUAGAUUGGUUUGAACAACUCGAGCCGGAGUGUGUCUGGAGCGAUAAAGCGGCACAGCUGAAACUUUUGUUCGAAAAAUAUAACAAUGAAGGCUCAGCUUCUUCCAGGUUCAGAUUGUAUCUUCUCUCGACGCUAAUUCACAGGGCUCAUUGGAACACUCUUCUUGAAUGUAUUGCCAUGCUGCUCACUCGUCCGAUUGACAAGAGUUUGGACGCUUCGACCGUGCUUGAUUUUCUUAGUGCCUGUAUGUUUAUCCCAAAGAUAUGGCAGGGUAGAGAUAAGAAAUUGCCAAAACACCACACUGUAGAGAAUGUGUUGGCAUUGUCAACCGACGAAAUGUGCGCAGUCGCUGACUUUAUGUUGGAGGAAAUGUUGAAUCAAGGCGACGACGAUAAGGCUAAGGAGAUCGUGUCUCAGCGAAUGCACAUCAUUGAGCACUCAUGUGUGAAGCAGGCACAUAUCACCUUCCUGGCAGAUCAUCUCGUCACUCUGGUUAACGAAAACAGCCCGCAAAGUGCGUCAGCUAAGGUUCUCCUCGUGAAGCUCUAUCUGAGUAUGCCUUCAGUAAUCUUCUCGGCCGACUCGGUCAAUUAUCUGUUAUCGGACAUCAACCCACAGAAGGGAGGUUACACGCGUGUCGAUUGUUUGUCCCAUUCAAUUCUCAUAGCGAUGUCGGUAUGUGAUACAGAUAAGACAUUUAAAAGCGAUCUUCGUUAUUUAAACCUUAGUUGUCGCAAGUUGGCAGCCACGCAUCCCGAUCUUCUUCUUCGCCAACUUCCCCUGAUUGCUAGCCUCCUCCAUUCUCGAAUGUCAGCCGGUAUUCCGAUGUUUGGCACAAAGAACAACCGAAAAUCAUUUCUUGUGUGCAUUAUGGGCGUUCUUGAGCUACUCCGACAGAAGCUCUUUAAUCAGGAAUAUAUCGCUGACGUGAAUACGAUUCUUCGGGUAUAUCUCGAAUCGAUGUUAUUGCACGUUAAUGCCGGAAUGACGCGUGCGGUCGAAGACAAUAUUGGGGGCAAUCUCAACCGACUAUUAGGUCUUGUCAAUACGUACGUAAAACAUAACCCCGAUGCUGCCCGCGAGUUUUUGAACGAGCACCAGGAGCAACUCGAAGAACUGGCGCGUACCUAUAAGAACAUGGUAUCCCUGCGUACGCUGUUGAAGGGAGGGGCUUUUAUUCCCGAAGAAAAGUCGGCUUCAGGAGGAACAACGACGCCAGCGAUAAUCGUGGACUCAGCUCUUCCGGAUGAUUCGAUAAACAAGAUUCCUCUAAACCUUGCGGACCGGGAUGCUACCAUACAAGGUUUGCAGAAACUCGAAAUGAGCGCUUCGCGUCGACCAGCUAUUCUCGAGCUUUAUCAAGACGAGUUGCAAAGUCUUCUUUCGACUGGAGACAGCCAACUGUGUAAACAAGCAUUCCGUCUGAUGCUGCUUUGCAUCGAACAGCGGCCGGCCGCCGCAGGCAGAUUCGUAUCUUGUUACCUUCAAUGCCUGGCAAGCGAAACUCGAGACGUUGUCAACAUGGCUCUCGAGAAACUACCUGAGUUUGUCGUGCUUUGUGAGGAGCACGCUCCCUUACUACUUAAUAAAGCGUUCCAGCUGGGCAUAUCAUCAAAUGUCAACAGCGUUGAACCAAUAUCGGACGCGCUGGAACUGCUCAAUAUGCAGUACGGAAAUUAAUUACAGUUGUACAGCGGUGCGCACAUCUAUUAGAUAUGAAAAGCAGUAAGGUGUAACGCGGCUUUACGUAUUGUUCGCAUAUAGAAGAAAACAUACACCAGUAGCCAAGAUUGGACACAGCGGAAGGCGUCAAUAGAGUCAGAAGAGGGCUAUCAACGAUUUCGUGUUGGUAACGGCGGACAGCGAACCACAACAAAAUAACAAGAUUGCGGAACAUGCAAACCCCGUACAGCUUCACUGAACAAAUUGGGAUAUGAACGAACAGAGUGAACGCAGAGCUUUAGUAAUGUUAAACCUGAGAAACAAUAUGAGAUGCUGGCGAACUCAUUCCAACUUAACAAUUAACCAAUAUGCGAUAAAAACCAAAAACAAGAGUAGAACAAGAUCGUGGUACAGCUGAACUGACAACGAACUAAUGGAAUAAGAUACUGAAAUCAAGAGUUGCUGUCGGUGUUGAUGAAAACGAUGAUAAUGAUGGCGAUAAUAAUAAUAAAAAUGGAAGUAAUAUUCAGGGAAUAGGGAAAUUAUGAGAUAUAGAACGGGCCAGUUCAUAUGGCGACAUACUUGGCAAGACGUCAGUAAUUUUGUAAAUAAAAUAUUUGUUGCUUUUACCAUUUGCACAUAUCAUCUUCGGCGAGUCAGCUUCGACCCCGUUUCCGUUAUAGGUAGUAUUUGUAGAUUGUAAGUACUCACCGUAAUAAACUGCUCCGCCUGUA